CUCGGUGGACAUUAGGCUUUGACCGGCCUGUCAUCCGAAUCCACCCCACUCACAGGAGGCCUUCCGGUCGGUAUCCGGGCGGCAGCUUGCCGGCUUGGCAGCAUCGUCAAGAGUCGAGACGUCAACGUCCCAACCCUCCUCCACUGCCGCCUUCACAUUGCAAUGUGACACCAUGAACGAGCCCAUGUUCACCGUGAUCAGGGCAGCGGCUGAGAAGCAGUACCAUGCCAAACGUCCCCACCGCAAGUCCAGGACAGGAUGCCGCAACUGCAAGGCCCGCAAAGUCAAGUGCGACGAAGGCCGCCCAGCCUGCCGCGCAUGCACAGCACGGAGCGAGACAUGCGAGUACCCGGUGCUGCCCAAGCGCGCCCUUUCUAAUUCACCCGUGAGGGAGUCCCAGUCGACUGCGCUUGCACCGCCAACCAACCAUGUCCUACUCGAGAAGCCACCGCUUGUAAAGGAGCCCCUGUUCUUGCCCACCGGCCGCGACGAGGUCGACAUGCGACUACUAUGGUUUUACACGACAAAUACCUGGGCCUCGUACUCAAGCGGCGCGCUCAAGAUACGCCAAGUCGACAAGGUACUUAGAGAGACCGUUGUCCAGCAUGCCUUUGCCCAUCCGUUCCUGAUGAACUGUCUCCUGGGGCUCGCCGCCAUGCACAUCAACCACUGCAAGAUCCGUGACCUUGGCGUCCCGGUGUCAAGGGAGUACUUCUACCGCGCAAAGGCUUUUGAGACGUACCGACAUGCCCUCCAGGUCGCAGAUCCGGCCACAUACCCCGCCCUGCUCGCCUGCUCGCUGUUUCUCUGCGGCCUGUCGACCGACGGGUUCCGCGGCGACGACGCCAAACCGCUCUACAUACUGGAUUGGAUCAUGCUGUGGCGAGGCAUCGGCACUAUAGCUGACAUUAUCAAAGACCCCGCGCUGUUCAAGACGGACGUUGCGGCCCUUCUCUCCCGGCCAGAGGUUGACUUGGCUGCGUCGGCCCGUCAUCUCCCAAACCAUCUUCUCUUCAUGGUCGCGUCCAUCAAGCAGGGGGAUCCCGAGUACCCCCUUAUCCAGCCUUACUAUUGCGGCCUGCAAUACCUCGGCUCCCUCUACCUUGAGCUCUCAAACGGCUUCAGCCUACUGCUGUGGCUACGCAUCGCUACCUUCUUGACUUAUCUGCCCAGCGAGUUCGUUGAUGCUGCCCGUCAACGGAAGCCGCGCGCUCUUAUUAUCCUCGCCCACUACCUUGUGUUUCUAAAGUUCACGGGUGACCGUGUCUGGUGGAUGCAAGGCAUCAGCAACAACGAAAUUCCAAACAUAUGCAACUUUUUGGGACCGAAAUGGGCAUCCAUGCUCCGCGUUCCUAUGUCCGCUCUUCUGCUCACCGACCACAAGGAGAUUGCCAAGCUGUUGCUAGAGAAUCCUUGCUGGGAGCCAGCCCUAGAGAACCCAGAGAAACCCCCGUUGGCCUCUGUUUAUGAGGGGAUUGCGACUCGAGCGCUGACAGAGGUUAAACAAAUCACUGAACAGGCCCGAGCCUACCAAGAACGGAGACUCACACCAUAAGAAGACCUAUAAUGCAGACAAUCAUGAAUGUAGGCCUAUGGUCAGGUCUGGUUUGGUUCGCUCGCGGUCCCAAGAAUCCAUGGAAUUUCAACGAAAUCUAGUAUUGGAUGCAACAGCCGAGUGCUCGUCGACUGCACGAUACCCACCUUCAAGCCUCGCCGGACCACCAAGCAAGCUUGCUCUCGCCAUCCUUACAACCCGAACCACUGCUCGCUGGCCGUCAAGUUCGCCGGCACGCUGUGUCCGACGCCAGUCGCAUAAAUCCCCUGCACAAACUCGCCAUAGUUGUCCGUCUGGUAGUUGCGCUCCGGAUAGUUCUUCAAGCUGCUGGUUGGCGUUUGGCUAACGCCAAACACGUUCGUCCACUGCUUGAUCGUCUCCUGGUAGUUUGCCGGUGCGAGGGUGCCAUCGGUGCUGCCGUGCCAGAUCUGCAUCUUUGGCCGCGGCCCGGUGUAUCCAGGGUAC